GUUUUUAAAUUUUUAUAGAGCCGUUGAUUAAUUACUCCCCUUGCUGCUGCUGUCUGUUUCGUUCUCUGUUUCGUCUCUUUGCUGUUUGUUGGGUGGGGAAAUACCCAUUUCAUUUCAAUAUUUAUGCUGUUUCGAUGAAGGAGCCUGGCAACUUUCUUGCUUGCUUCUGUUAAUGUUGUUCUUGGUAAAAUCGUUACAAAGUCCUCUCAACAAGCACCGACUUCAUACCAACACCGACAGCUUGUUGCCGACUUUGCCGUUGCCGUUUUUGACCCUUUCUGCAAAGCUUCUCUAAUCAGAGUUCUUCAGUCGAAAGGAUAUUAUAAGAGAUGAGACUGACUUUGCUCUAUUUGGGUGAAACACUCAUCUGCAUCUCUGUUUCUGCGUAUUUGAGCACUUGAAGGUUGCUACCCAACUAGCCCAUCCAGGCAGGCUUUUGUCAUGUCGUCUUUGCGAGCGAGAACCGGGAGACACAGACAACGAUACAAAGAUCAUUUUAGGCUGGUUGCAGGGUGUAUUCCUUAUAAGCUUGAGCAGAAUGUUGUGGGUUCCCAUAGCAAUUCAGAGAAAAAAGUGCUUGUUCUUAUGAUUUCUACACCAGGUCGGGAUGAUCUUGUGUUUCCAAAGGGAGGAUGGGAGGAUGAUGAGACUAAGGAUGAAGCUGCAAGUCGUGAGGCCUUGGAGGAAGCAGGGGUGAAAGGAACACUCAGUGAAAAUCCCAUAGGAGUUUGGGAGUUUAGAAGCAAGAGCAGGCAGAACAGCAGCAGCCUUGAAGGAGGUUGUAGAGGCUAUAUGUUUGCAUUAAAGGUGACUGAGGAGCUUGACUUUUGGCCAGAGAAGAAUAAAUAUGAUAGGAAAUGGCUUACCACAGAGGAAGCAUACAAAUUCUGCAGAUACGAUUGGAUGCGGGAUGCUCUUAGAAGAUUUUUGUCAACUCUCUCAGCCGAAAGUCCAAUCAGGAUGAGUGAAGAAUCGAAGGAAAUCCCUUUGAGGUCAUUGACAGAUGCAAGUGAAGAGCGACAAAUGUCAUCACCUGGCUACUUUGGUAAGCCUUCUGGUGUCCAACAUCUUGGGAAUACUUGUUGCAAAUGCGUGGUAUAGGGUUGAGGAGUUCGGUGCGUCUUUGUAGUGAAAGCAACUGUAUUGUAGAAUUUGUUGAUGUCCUUGAUUCUGCAACUCUAAAUAAUUUUCAGACACUUUUGUUCUAGGCAAA